AUGAGCGGUAAACUGGUCGAUGUUGACGUGAACCUGCUUGAUUCAACCACACGGAGCUUCCAUCUUCCCCUUCGUGCAAUCGGACAUGAACUGUACACAAUGGUGGUUGAACAUCUUCAACUGGUCGAAUAUGAUUAUUUUGACUUAGAAUAUAUUAAUAAGGAUGGUCUUCAUUGUUGGUUGGAUCAUUCAAAAGCUGUAAACAAACAAAUGAACCUAUCGAAAAGAUUUCUGUAUUCUUUUGUGGUGAAAUUUUAUACACCUCAUCCGAAUUUAUUAGAGGAUGAAUUAACCAGAUAUUUAUUUGCUUUACAAAUCAAAAAUGAUCUACGUUCUGGUCGUUUACAAUGUAGUGAAAGUACUGCUGCUCUUUUAGCUGCUUUUGUUGUACAAGCUAAAGUCGGUGAUUUUCUAGAGGAUAUCUAUCAGGAUCAUUCCUACUUGAUUGGCUUACACCUAUUGAAUCAACCCAGUGAAGAUAUGCUAAAGAAAAUUGCUGAAUGUCAUCGUAAUCUUAUAGGACAGACACCAGCUGAAGCCGAUUAUAAUUUACUGGAUACUGCUCGAAAAGUUGAACUUUACGGAGUUCGAUUCAAUCCGGCUAAGGAUAAUUUUGGAUUAAAUGUGAACUUGACUGUCAUUCACUCAGGGAUAUGUGUUUAUCAAGGCGGUGUUAAAACAAAUAUGUUUUCAUGGGCAAGAAUAAGAAAAUUAAGUUUUAAACGAAAGAAUUUCUACAUAAAAGUACAUCCUGAAGGCUAUAAUGCUAUUGGAUUCUCGUUUAGCACCCGAAAUGAGUGUAAAAGCUUUUGGAAACAGUGUAUUGAACAUCAUUCAUUUUUCCGAUGCCAAGCUGUUAGAAAUGUCGGUCGAAAAAGUCGUGUUGUUUCUAAAGGCUCAUCUUUUAGAUACAUGGGUAGGACACAAAAGCAGCUAACUGAUUUUAUCCGUGAAAACUACAUAAAAAUGCCUAAUUUUGAGCGUUCUUCGUCCACUGGUCGUGUUUUGAAUACCGAAACAUCAGCAUUAAUUCUUAGCAGCUUAAAAUCCCAAGAAAAAGAGAUAAGAGACAAUAUUGAUGCCCAAGGAAACGCAGUAAUUCACUCGGAUGGUGACGCCAUCUUAUAUCGUAAUCGACCACAAACAGACCCAUCACAGAGAAUUCAUUUGUCAAAUAACCUCGUGUCUGCUGAGUCUGCUCGCUCCGUUGCCGUGGCUAUACCUCUCAGCGGACAACUUAACUACAUAGGCUCUGGAGGGCCUUAUCAGAUAAUUCCAGAAAACCUUCAAACUAUAAAGCAACGCAGAAGUGGCUCGGCUGUUGGUCAAGUAUUUGUUGCUGGUAUAAACCCUCACACAGCUCACUUUCUUUCAGCAAUGGGAACUGCAAGCUCUGGAACAUAUACAAUGAAUAGUUCCGUUUCCGCUGGGACGCCCACAGGUUCUGGCAGCCCUACAGGGAGUCCACAUAUGGAAGAUAAACCCACAAAUGUAAUCACCAGCUCAGAGCAUCCAGCACAUCUUGUUUGGCCAAACAAAUUGAACGUACGACCUUUAUCUGUAUCUAACCUUGCACUUCAGCGACCAGCAUCAGCACCACAAUCAGGAUGGCGUGCUUCAUUGCCUAGACAUGUCAUGCCAAAUACAUCAAACAUCUUAAUCGGUCAACCUAAUGUAACACCUUCUGGUCCAAUGAAUGUUACUCUAAUUGGCACCGAUUCAUAUCCAUCUAUGCAUGCUUCUCUUCUACUAACAUCGAAACCACAAUAUGGACAAAAUCAUCAAACAAAUCAAACUCAGGUGAAUAAUUUACAGGGUGUUACAACAACCAACAUGAUAAUGGCUAGUAAUCCAAUUUUGUCUUCCAGUAUAAACCCGGUCAGAGCUAUUUGUAUGCCAAUACAACAUCAGUCAGUUCAACUGGCACAAAUCACUUCUGAUGGUAAUAAAGCUGUACAUUCACAAAUAAAAUUACCUCCUGGUUGUGCAAUUCUCACCGGAUCUGGUCAAACUUCAAAUAUUGGUGGUCGUAUUAUAUAUGUAGAUAGAGCAACUGGACAAUCUUAUAUCCCAGUACUUACAAACACCUCAGGGGAUUUAAAUCAGGUAAUAAUAGAUGGUAAUGUGCCUUUGACAAUCAGACAAUCACAAUUAUCCCAUGGGGCUACUACGUCUAUGGUGGUGAAUCAGCAACAACAGCAACAACAACAAUCAGUAUCCACUUGUACUACCAAUAAUUUGGAGAUAUUCAGUCAGCCUGGUCAACAGCAUACUGCACAGACUACUAGUGUUCAAAGUAAUACAAGUUCUGUUCCUCCUGAUGUGACCAGAAAUGCCCGUAGUCUUGGUCGGAGGCUUGGACCUCCUCCACCGGCUCCAGAACGUAAAGACAGCGUUUUACAGAAAACUUCGGAAAUCAAAACUCAGAAGUCUUUAACUCAGUCUUCAUCUUUAUCAACCCCACUUCAGUCCGAAAAAUCAAUCAAAUCCUUAGUCAGAGAUCAAUCUGACUCACAAGGUGAAGAAACUUCAGAUUCCCCUCAUCAUUCUCAAAAUCUUAACGAAAAAGUACAUCCUUUAGCUGUAGGAAUGAUUACUGGACAUAAUGGUUUACAUUCAGUUUCAUGUUUGAGUUUAGCAGCACGUGGUAGAAGUACACUAAGUUUAGCAAACAUAUGUGUAAAUGAUCGAGAUGCUUCAGAUUUUGAUAAGGCAAGUGAUGAUGAACAAACUGAACUGCAUUCAAUCCAUCAAUAUCCAUGCAUUAAUUCACUACAUCGAUCAAGAAUUCUAGCUUCAGUUAGUGCUCGAGCUUCUGAUGCAGAUGUUACAGAUGAUGAUCAUCAUUCUGUAUGUAGUCAACGUAGUAGUACUGCACGUUCGGUGUCAGCUGUUUGUCGUCAUGGUCACAAGCAGCAUCAUCAUCACCAUCAUCAUCAUCAUUAUAAUCGUCAAAAUCGUGCACGUUGCCUGUCAGCAAUUGAUCCUUAUUUGAUGUCUAAUCAUAAUGUAAAUGAUGCGGAUGACCAGAAUGCUGCUGAUAAAGGAACAGAUGUUUGCAAAACAGAAAUACCAACAAAUCUUCGAGGUACAACUACAAAAUCACAUUCUUUUCGUCGACUUUCAAAACAUCAUCUCGACGAAGCUUAUCACUUAGUUCGUGAAUUAGUUAUGAGUGAACGCACUUACAAAAGAAAUCUAAGUAUAAUUUGUGUACAUUUUAAAGAUAUUGGAAAGGAUUCAUUAUGCUCCGAACUUAAUAUUAAUCCUCAACUUUUACAAGAGCUUACAUCACGCUUAGUUGAUCUUCUUAGUCCAAUUUAUACAGAGCAUUGUUUAAUGUUAAAUAAUUUUGAAAAUCGUCUCAGCAACUGGUCUUCUCAAAAUGGUUAUAGCAAACAGUCGAAUGGUUUAGAUUCGUUGACGCCUACUCCUCAAACAGUAAAUACAUCCAGUGAAUUCCGUAUCGGUGAUCUAUUUGUCGCCAGUCUUCAUAUUUUACCGAUGUAUCAUUGUUAUCUAAUGCAAGCCGGAAAUAUUAUGCUUGAUAUUGAGAAAUUGGUAAGAAAUCGACCAGAAAUAGAAAAAUUAAUCAGAAAUUUUGAAGCACAAAAAUAUUGUUAUUUACCAUUUUAUGUAUUCUUAUUGAAACCAAUGCAUCGGUUAUUACAAUAUCGUGUUCUCCUUGAACGAUUAAUGCGUUAUUAUGGGGAAUUUCACUCAGAUCUACCUGAUUGUAGAAUUGCACAUGCUAAAUUAAAUGAUCUUAUUCAAUCACAAUGGGAAUCUUAUAAACGUAUAGAAAAUACAUACAAACUAUUAGAAAUUCAAAGAGAUUUAAUUGGCUUUAAUCCAGAUUUAAUAUCAUCCUUUGAGUUAUCUCAAUAUUCUACAUUACAACAAAAUGAAAAGUCAAAUUAUGAUAAUCACAAUACUAAUACUACUACUAAUAAUAGUAGUAAUAAACAAACUCCAAUUCAUGCAUCCACAUGUGGUUCUCAUUCAUUAGGACCUGUAUAUCAUCCCAAUAGACAGUUUAUUCGUGAAGGCUGGCUUCAAAAGUUGUCUAAAAAAGGCUAUCAAGCAAGAAUGUUCUUUUUAUUAUCAGAUCAACUGGUAUAUGCAAGUCGAACAACAGCACCUUUUUUACAAUUUAAGGUUCAUGGUCAAUUCUCAUUACAAGAUUUAAUGGUUGAAGAAGUUGAACCUGCACAUAGUUUUACAAUUUACUCAGGUAAUCGUUGUUUCCUUGUGGCUGCUUCUUCAGACUGGCAACGUGAUAGAUGGCUUGAAGAUAUUUCUAGGGCUAUAUUAGCUGCAAAAACUAGACCAUCAACAUUUUCAAAUGAAUCUGUCGUGAAUAAUAUUGAGAACAAAAAUGAUAGUUCAAUGAAAAUAUUGAAUUGUGGAACCGUGGAAUCUGAUUCCGCACAAAUGCUUCAACGAGCUGUAACAAGUGUUCAUGUCUGUUGGCACAGAUGUUUCACGCUUUCAAUGCAAGAUAUACUACGAGCUAAUGAAUUCCAGACAAGUGGAUAUUUACUCAGAAAAUUUAAAAAUAGUAAUGGUUGGCAACGUCUAUGGGUUGUUUUUACUCAGCUAUGUUUAUUCUUUUAUAAAAGUUAUCGUGAUGAAUGUCCGUUGGCCAGUUUACCACUUCUAGGCUAUACUAUUAGUCGACCAGCAGUAGACGAUCAAAUACGACGUGAUAAUGUAUUAAAAAUGCAAUUCAAAAAUCAUGUCUACUUUUUUCGCGGAGAAACACGUCAUUCAUUUGAAAGAUGGGUUGAAUACUUGAGCUGUGCAGCUGGUGCUAGCAGACCGUCUAAUACAACAUCAGCUACUUAA